CUUCAGAUUCAGACACCCCAGAGAGCUGCAGAGGGACUGAGCCUGCCUGCCCAGAAGUCAGUGGUUGAACAGAGCACGACACAUGUGGUUCAGUUUUUUUCUGGACUACUAUCUUAAGAGUGGACGACUGCCAUCCGAUUUUUUUGAAAAUGGAAUAAAAGUUGAAUUGGACAGAACCUGUGAUGUGUGAAAAAGAGCUGAGAAGCUCCCCGCUGCUUUUGGAGAGUGAGGAGGAUUAAGCCGGAGCUCAGCGGAGAGGCACCGAGGCGCUCUCACACGGUCGACCGGAGCCGGAGCCGGAGCCAUGAGCAGGGUGCUGACUGAGCACAUCGGCGGCAGCUUCUGCGAAGAUGCGCCUCGUCCUCCGGUGCCGGGGGAGGAGGGAGAGUCGUCAUGCUACAUCUCCAGCAGGUCUGGAAAAAUGAAAGCUCUUAAGGUGAACGAUAUCCCUGCCACUGCUGCGCUCCCUGGUUCCACACUGCGGAGGAAUGAGGACGGAUUAGGGGAGCCGGAAGGAAGUGCGUCCCCGGACUCGCCGCUUAUCCGGUGGACAAAGUCUUUGCAUUUUCUUCUCGGCGAUCAAGAUGGUGCUCACCUAUUCAGGACCUUUUUGGAGCAGGAUAAUUGUGUGGACACAUUGGACUUUUGGUUUGCCUGCAACGGCUUCAGGCAAAUGGACUUAAAGGAAACCAAAACACUGCGGGUUGCUAAAGUUAUUUUCAAAAGGUACAUUGAGAACAACGGCAUUGUUGCCAAACAGCUCAAACCCGCUACCAAGACCUUCAUAAGGGAUAGCAUUAAAAAGCAACAAAUAGACUCUGCCAUGUUCGACCAGGCACAGACUGAGAUCCAAUCCAACAUGGAAGAGAGCGCUUACCAAAUGUUUCUGACUUCUGACAUAUACCACGAAUAUGUGCGCACCGGCUGCGAGAAUGCGGCUUACAUGAAUAACGGCGCUUUGGGUAACCUCAAGCUUAUGUGUGGAUACCUUCCUCCUCUUAUGGAGGAAGAGGAGUGGGGCUGUCAUGACUUGAAGGCAACAGCUUUGGCUUCGGUUAUCGGACUGUCUGCGACAUCCCUGAGGGCAACUGCCACCAUCCGGACAGCGGCUGAAGUUCUUGAGAACAGUUGCAGGGUGCACCGUCGAGGAGACAAUGCCAGGCCGUAUUUUGUCAACUCUGGCUACAUUCUUGCCCCUGCCACCAGUGCCAAUGAUAGUGAGAUCUCCAGUGAUGCCACCACGGAUGAUUCUCUGUCCAUGACAGACAGUAGUGUAGAUGGAAUACCUCCCUAUAAGCUGAGCUCCAAGAAGAAUAUCCAGCGAGAGAUGAAUCGCAGUGUCAAGAUCAAUGGACAGGUUACACUUCCCCACUUUCCUAGGACACACCGUCUGCCCAAGGAGAUGACCCCUGUUGAGCCCUCCGCAUUUGCUGCCCAACUCAUAGUGCGGCUUGAGAAGCUAAAGCAAGAGCAGGAAAGAAUGAGCUCAUUGGCAGAGAGGCUUCAGCAUAUCCAAGAGGGAGAGGAAAGCAACACCUCCCAUCACGCUCUUCUUCCAUCUGGCAGCCAAUGUGAGGAAGACCCCCAGGCAAUUCUAGAUGACCACCUAUCGCGGGUCCUGAAGACACCUGGCUGCCAGUCACCUAGUGUGGUUCGGCACUCACCACGCUCACAAUCCCCAGAACGGACAAGUGCCUUGUUCUCUUCAGGCCAUGCGUCCUUUGAUGCUUGCCCUGGGACCGCCAAAGUUAUAACGUCUGGGCGGCAGUCCACGAAACUCGCUCAUCACCACUUUAUCCACCAUUAUCAUGCUGGGCCAAAGACCAAGGAGCAGAUUGAGGUUGAAGCAGCUCAGCAUGUGCAAUGCCUCUGCCCUUUAAGAGACAUCAAUUACUCCGACUUCAGUCAUGUCACCCCUACAAAACGACAAGUCAAAUCUUCCACUGAGGGUUGGUCUUCACCAUACCUUCCUCUUGAUGUCACCUACCGAUCUCAGAAUGUUUGGCAGUGGAUUCUGGAGAGUGAAAGGCAGGGCAAACACAAGGCCCACAGCUCCUCUGGACUUAAAAAGCCCAAACCUCUUGAAUCCAAGGUGCUGCCUGGUCGAACUCACUCGUUAUGGGGCGGUGGUGGCAUUGAUUCUGGCAUUUAUCUUCGUGGGCACCACCCUGGCCAUCCGUUUAUACAGGACCCAGCCAUUCCACCUCUACCGCCGCCCAACACCCUAGCACAGCUUGAAGAGGCUUGUCGUAGACUGAAGGAGGUCUCCAAGCCACCAAAACAGAGCCUCAGAGACAGGAGCCAUCCAGUCACUGCCAUCCCGGCUGGAGGUAGCUCUGAAGCCACUUCUGGACUCCAGUCAGACGAGUCAAAGGAACUAUUGAUCACCUACUUCUUCUGUGGUGAGGAGAUUCCUUACCGAAGUGCAAUGAAGAUCCACUGCCUCACCUUGGGACACUUUAAAGAACAGCUUAGCAAGAAAGGCAACUACCGGUACUACUUUAAGAAGGCCAGCAAUGAGUUUGAGUGCGGGGCUGUGUUCGAGGAGGUGUGGGAGGACGCCUCGGUCUUGCCCAUGUACGAGGGAAAGGUCCUGGGAAAGGUUGAGAGGAUCGACUGAAAAAAAAACCCAGACCCUAUCGAAAGCAGAAUCCCGAAAACUUGAGCAAGAGACUUUGUAAAUUACCUUUUUUUUUUAUUUUUUUAAGUAAAUUAUUCAUACUAAGCUAAAAAGAGUUAAUAUAUCUCGCACAACAUGUGACUGAAGGAAUAGAAGCUAAUGAAGACUGCCUAACUGUCCCUUCCUGAUUCUUCUCAACCAGUCAGCCUUAGAAAUACACGAGGGAACGACACGGAGGACUUUAACGGAACAAUUUUGAGGACGACCUAUGCCGCUUUUUGAAUAUCAUCGCUGUUUCGAUGUUGUGUGAUGAGGGACUGCGAUGCAUUGACUCCCGGGUUCAAGUGCUAAGAAGGAACAGGAGGUCUCCACGCAGCAUUUCGGUUUACUUCAUUGUUAGAAAAUGUUUAUACGUGUUUACAUACUUGCAUGUACAGCCGUGGUCAAAAGUUUGCAUACACUUGUAAAGAACAUAAUGUCGUGGCUGUCUUGAGUUUACAAUCAUUUCUACAACUCUUUAUUUUUUUGUCAUAGAGUAAUUGGAGCACAUACUUGUUGGUCACAAAAAACAUUCAUGAAGUUUGGUUCUUUUUAUGAAUUUAUUAUGAGUCUACUGAAAAUGUGACCAAAUCAAAAGUAUACAUACAGCAAUGUUAAUAGUUGGCAAGUUUUACUGCUUCUGGCAAGCUUUUGGUUGAAUUUUUGACCACUCCUCUUGACAAAAUUAGUGCAGUUCAAGUGACAACACAUGGACAAAGAUAAGACCUUCUGGAGGAAAGUUCUGUGGUCAGAUGAAACAAAAAUUGAGGUGUUUGGCCACAAUACCCAGCAAUAUGUUUGGAGGAGAAAAAGUGAGGCUUUUAAUCCCAGGAACACCAUGUCCACCGCAAACCAUGGUGGUGGUAGUAUUAUGCUCUGGGCCUGUUUUGCUGCCAAUGGAACUGGUGCUUUAAAUGGGACAAUGAAAAAGGAGGAUUACCUCCAAAUUCUUCAGGACAACCUAAAAUCAUCAGCCAGGAGGUUGGGUCUUGGGCGCAGUUGGGUGUUCCAACAGGACAAUGACCCCCAAACACACGUCAAAAAUGGUAAAGGAAUAGCUAAAUCAGGCUAGAAUGAAGGUUUUAGAAUGGCCUUCCCAAAGUCCUGACUGGACAAUGCUGAAGAAACAAGUCCAUGUCAGAAAACCAACAAAUUUAGCUGAACUGCACCAAUUUUGUCAAGAGGAGUGGUCAACAAUUCAAGCAGAAGCUUGUGGAUGGCUACCAAAAGUGCCUUAUUGCAGUGAAACUUGCCAAGGGACAUGUAAGCAAAUAUUAACAUUGCUGUAUGUAUACUUUUGACCCAGCAGAUUUGCUCACAUUUUCAGUAGACCCAU